AUGUCGCUCCUUUCUCUUCUGUUUGCUUCUCUGUCGCUCUUUUCGUACACUGCCAAUGCAGUCCCAAUUACCGUACACCCAGGUGGUGUCCAGGAUCUUAUCGUUACCCAUAACAACACCAUCAAUGCCACGAACUCGGCCUUUGCGGUCAAGCCGGACAGCCAGCCUGCGUCGUACCUCAACUUGGCGCUUCUCAACUACAUGGACAGCAACAAUGUAAAGUCGUACAUUACCGGUCUGAACGCGAACAACCAGCUCGUCUUCCUCGGUCCCAAUGGCCAGUUCUACUACCCAUCGACGACAUCAGGCACGCCAGUACCUCUCUCGGAUUCGGACAUUGCGAUCCCGCUGGGUGGAAAGGGUAGCACCACAUCGGCUACCAUCCCAGGAUACCUGUAAGUUCAGUGAUGGACCAGGUGGCGGAAAGUUGCGGAUGCUGACUGUCCAUGGCCAGGUCCGCAUCUCGUGUUUGGUUCUCCGACGGCCCCCUCCAGUUCUUCGUCGUAGGCACUCCAAAUGGACCCGGUCUCGUUGAGCCAGCGGCUGUGAACCCAAACGACCCCAACGCCGCAACAAAUUACGGCUUCGCUGAGCUCACCUGGAACUCGGCCAACAUCUUCGCCGACAUCAGCUUCGUCGACUUCGUCGGUCUUCCGCUGGGCAUCCGUCUCACCACCAACGAUGGCACAGCUCAGCAGGAAGCGCAAGGCCUGCCCUCCAACGCAGUGCAGCUUGUCUGCUCGGAUCUCCAGAAACAACACAGCUCCGACGGCAUGCCAUGGGACCAGGAGUGCGUCUACAGCUCCAACGGCCAACUUAUCCGUGUCCUUGCACCCAUCGACUACCUCUCCCAGAACUCCAAUGCCUGGAGCGGCUACUUCGACAACUACAUCCGCGAAGUGUACCAACAAUACUCAUCCAGCCCUCUGACCAUCGACACCCAAGCAGCAGCCGGAAACGUCAACUGCUACGCCGACAUGGGCUCCAUGACUCUGCACUGCGACGGCGACAAUCGCGGCUACCCAGCACCUUCCGCGGCUGACAUCUUCGGCUGCAACUCUGGUCCGUUUGGCUUCCAGAGUGGUGAUAAUGACGUGCACUACGCCAUUGUCCCUCGUCUCUGUGCGGCGUUCAACCGCGGAACGCUCUUGAACGGAGGAGGCAACAUCCAGCCCAGCGCCGCGCCGAACACAUACUACACCUCAUCGCAAGGCGUAUGGAACCACUUCUCCCAGAGCGUGCAUCGCCAUGAGUCGAAUGGGUUGGGGUAUGCCUUUUCAUACGACGAUGUGAGCCCUUCGGAUGCGCAGAAUGUGGCCGGAGUGGUCCAGAGCGCGAAGCCGAACACGCUUUCCUUCCUCGUCGGAGGCUUCGAUUUGGCGUAA